AUGACCAACGAAAUACCAAAAGAGCAUAUCCGACAUUGUAUGCUUUUUGAGUUUCGUAAAGGUAAUUCCGCUACAGUUGCGACCAAAAACAUUUGCGAUGUUUAUCCAAAUGCAUUAAACGAUCGUACAUGCCAAAGAUGGUUUUCCAAGUUUAAAUCAGGUAAUUUUGAUCUCUCUGAUUCCCAUCGAUCAGGAAGACCACAGAUAUUAGACAACGACGUGCUAAAGGCAGAAAUUGAAGUAAAUCCAUAUAAAACAAUCAAGGAACUAUCAAACACCUUUGGCAUGCCUUGGUCGACCAUCCAAGAACAUUUAAAGCAUAUUGGAAAAAAAAGCAAAACUGGUGUUUGGGUUCCUCAUAGUCUGCAGGAACAGUACAAAAUCGACCGAUUCCUCAUAUGCAACUUGUUGCUUCAACGACACCAUACAGAAUCGUUUUUUGAUAAUUUGAUAACUGCAGGUGAAAAAUGGAUCACAUAUUACAAGUCAAAUCGUAAAAGACAAUUGAUCUCUUCAAAUGAAUCACCACAAAUUACCGAGAAACUGGAUUAUCAACUUAAUAAGGUGUUUCUGUCUGUUUGGUGGAGUAUUCACGGAAUCGUUCAUUUUGAAAUACAGAAAUGUAAACCAACUGUUAACGUAGAUCUUUAUUGUGAACAAUUGGAUCGAGUGAACGAAUCUUUAAUCCAAAAGUAUUCGGAGAUUAUCAAUAUGAAAAAAAUUACUCUGCAACAUGACAAUGCAAGACAAUACUCUGGAAAACAAACCUUCGAAAAAAUUAAUAAAUUAGGGUGGGAGAUAUUACCUUAUCCACCACACUCGUCCGAUAUCUCACCCUCGGAUUUUCAUUUAUUUCCUACGCUACAACAUUUUCUUAAUGAGAAAAAAUUUAAAAAUUUCUAUGAUGUUAAAUAUGCCAUCUCGAAAUAUUUAAAUCUAAAACCAAUUGACUUUUAUCGUUCCGGCAUUGAAAAUUUGCAAAUUAGAUGGCAAAGGGUUGUUAAUAACGAGGGUGAUUAUAUUAUUGAUUGA